AUGACGACCGACGAAGACGCAGACACCGUUCCCCCACAGAACGAGAACGCUCACAUCGCAGACACGGUGAUCGAGAGCACGGUCACAAAGAGAGAUCCUCGCGGAGGCAUCGGAGUUAUUCAAGGUCACGGUCACCAGACAGGCGACGCAUACAAGAAUGAAGCUUCGGGCGAGGGCGACGCCCCGCCCCCAGAUAAGGAGAAGCCCAACUUCGGUAACACAGGGCGCCUAGCCGCCGAAAGCAACACGGUCAAUGUCAACGGGGACGCAGUCGUGCUUAAAUACCAUGAACCGGUGGAAGCGCGAAAGCCACCGGCGAAGGAGUCCUGGCGGCUCUACGUCUUCAAGGGCAAGGACUUGCUGGAAAUGGUGGAACUGAAUGAGCGGAGUUGCUGGCUUAUCGGUCGCGAACGACUGGUUGUGGACUUUCCGCUUGAUCAUCCGAGUUGUUCGAAACAGCAUGCGGCGAUCCAGUUCCGGCAUGUCGAGAAGAGGAACGAGUUUGGUGAUCGCAUUGGCAAGGUCAAACCGUACGCGAUUGAUCUGGAGAGCGCCAAUGGCUCAAAAGUUAACGGGGAUGUGAUCCCUGGUGGACGAUACAUCGAGCUGCGGGAUAAGGAUAUGCUACAGUUUGGAAACAGUUCUCGCGAAUACGUCCUUAUGCUCACGCAGCCUGAUUAA